AAAUCCCCCACGUAAGGUUUGGUAGUCAUGCUUUAUUGCUGUGCUGACUUACCUUUUCAGAAAAUACCCCCUCUUCCGUUGCAGAAUGGAAAUUGGCAAAGAGAGAGGGAAAAGGUCCAAUUUGCGCCUUUGCUAUUUUAAGGGAGGCUGAAAUUAUGAGCCAAAGUGGAGUGAUGCGCUCUCUGGAGUGACCUCCGUUCUCCAACACAGGAGAAAACCCAGGUCUUUUGCUUGUGAAGUGGCUGGGGCUCUUGGGCGCGAGGCAUUAUUAUAUAAAUUCAAGCUCGCUCCUGAUCCUUAGUACCCUGAGUUGCCUGAAGGGGAAAUGGUACUGCCUGCGUUUGCAGCCCGGGCGCUUGGGCCGCCACUGCAACCGGAGCAAGGAGCGCCCGCCCGCACCACCUGUCCCCGCCGGCAUUCCAGAGUAGAGGCCGAAUUGGCAGCAAGCCGGCCCGGGUCUGUCGCCGCCUCAGUCCGUGCCGGCCCUCCUAGGGGUGUGUCUCUCGGAUUCAACUCCCCGCCGCUCCAGGACGAGCCCCCAAAGGCAUUUUUUUCCUUGGCGGGGGCUUUGCGCGCCCUGCUCUUCGCGCUGUUGCUCGAGGCCUGCCGCAGGCGGAUGCACGCCAGGCGACGCUGGGACCUGGGCUCCCUCUGCCGGGCCCUGCUCACUCGGGGCCUGGCAGCCGUGGGCCACUCGCUCAAGCACGUGCUCAGUGCGAUCUUCUCCAAGAUUUUCGGUCCCUUGGCCAGCGUCGGGAACAUGGAUGAGAAAUCUAACAAGCUGCUGCUGGCUUUGGUGAUGCUCUUCCUAUUUGCCGUGAUCGUCCUCCAAUACGUGUGCCCCGGCACAGAAUGCCAGCUCCUCCGCCUGCAGGCGUUCAGCUCCCCGGUCCCGGAUCCGUACCGCUCGGAGGAUGAGAGUUCCGCCAGGUUUGUACCCCGCUACAAUUUCAGCCGUGGCGAUCUCCUGCGCAAGGUAGACUUCGACAUCAAGGGCGAUGACCUGAUCGUGUUCCUGCACAUCCAGAAGACUGGGGGCACCACUUUCGGCCGUCACCUGGUGCGCAACAUCCAGCUGGAGCAACCAUGUGAGUGCCGCGUGGGGCAGAAGAAAUGCACUUGCCACCGGCCGGGUAAGAGGGAGACCUGGCUCUUCUCCAGGUUCUCCACCGGCUGGAGCUGCGGGCUGCAUGCAGACUGGACCGAGCUCACCAGCUGCGUGCCCGCAGUGGUGGAUGGCAAGCGCGACGCCAGGCUGAGACCUUCCAGGUGAGUCUCAGUGAAUCCCUUAGGCGCGGUCACUGACCUGGGCCUCGGUGAACCAGAGGCUGGAAAGGUUGUAUUUGCAGUUGCUCUGGACCCUGUGUACACCUUGGCGCCCUGAGGGUUGCAUCCUGCUGGGUAGACAAGUAGCUACUCUGGAGCCUGUCCUGGUAGUUCUGUCAGGAAGCAUUUGGUCAUCAGCCCAGGACAGCCCGUCUGCCCAUCAGAAGGGUUAGCCUGCUUCCUGGUUGAAUGUGGGGCAAGCGGCCUGGCUGCCCGGAAAGUCCCCCAGCAGCAGCCAGGACACUACAUUCUGAGCACUAGAAAGUCCUAAAGAAUCAUGAUCCACAUGCAGAGUCUCUCGGUCCAUCCUCCUUAGCCUCUCCUCUCCUCUGCACCCAGUCUCAAAGCCUUGGGCUUGUUUUCCUUCCCUACUUCCCGCUCCUGCUUUCCCUCCCCUCUUUUUAGUUUCUGCCUUUCUCUAGUGGAAAAUUCUCUGCCCAUCUUGUCUGCUGUUGGUUACUCCUUCCUUCCUUUUCCUGGUCUUUCUCUUUCUACGUUGGUUCCCCUUUCCACGUUUCUUCUCUUUCUUUCUCACCUUUCUCUUCUUUCCCUGACUUCUAUCACCUCCCCACCCCCAGGCCCUACUUUUCUCUGGAGAGUGGAUGUCAUUGUGCCACUGUUUAGGGAGGGACCCUCAGGGAGAGCUCCUGGUUCUCAUCUUGUGUCCCUCACUGCUGCCCACACUCGAAGUGUCCACCAUGCUUUUUGAAUAUAAGGGGGCACCCUGCCUGCUCGAUGACUAGCUGGAAAGUUGCUCUGGACCCUGUAUAGGGUUCAGGAGCCAUAGAAGUGCUAGGAGCUUUUUUUGGAGGCUCAGAAAUCCUAGAGCCUCAGCACCCAUGGUCAGCUCAGGUUCUUGCCAACAGCGAACGAAUCACAUAGAAAAAGCUGGUUCGUGGAUAAUCUGUAGCCACCAAGGCAUUUUCUUCCCUUUAGCUGCUAUGGCCAGUUCCUGGAGGUCAUGGGAUGCUGCGAAGUGGACAAAAGGAGUUGCUUUGGAGUGAAAUCAAUCCAGCCAGAGCUAUUGUUUUGCAGAGCUCUUGAAAACAAAUCAGGGCCUGGGCAGGGAGUCUGAAUGAGUUUAGUUGCUGGGAGUGAAAUUGGGGUCUUCUAGUGG